AUGGCCGCCAAAGCAGCGAAGAACAAGCCACCGGUUUAUGUCCUUGGUGUGGGCAUGACCAAAUUCAUCAAGCCCCGCGGCAAGGUCGACUACACUGAACUCGGGUUCGAAGCAGGCGUCAAAGCGAUGAUCGACGCACAAGUCAACUACGAUGACAUUAACGCAGGCGUCGCAUGCUACUGCUACGGAGAUUCAACCUGCGGCCAACGAGUCUUUUACCAAUUCGGCAUGACCCAGAUCCCCAUCUACAACGUCAACAACAACUGUUCCACCGGCUCAACAGGUCUCCACCUUGGACGAACCAUGAUCGCAGGCGGUAUGGCCGACGCAGUCCUCGUUGUCGGGUUCGAAAAGAUGAACCCAGGCUCCCUCCAAUCCUACUUCCUCGACCGUGCCAACCCAACCGGGACCACAGGCCAAAUGAUGAUGGCCACCCGCGGCCGCACCAACGCUCCCGAAGCCGCCCAACUCUUCGGCAACGCAGGACGAGAAUACAAAGAGAAAUUCGGCGCCAAAAACGAAGACUUCGCAGAAAUCGGCCGCAUCAACCACGAACACUCCAAACGCAACCCCUACUCCCAAUUCAUGCAAGAAUACACCCUCGAAGAAAUCAUGAAGUCCCCUAUGAUCCACGAACCUUUGACCAAACUCCAAUGCUGCCCCACCUCCGACGGCGGCGCAGCCGCAGUCCUCGUCUCCCAAGCCUUCCUCGACGCCCGCCCUCAUCUAAAAGACCAAGCCAUCCUCAUCGCAGGCCAAACCCUCGCAACAGACUCUCCAUCCCUCUUCUCCCGCUCCUCAAUCGACCUCAUGGGCUUCGACAUGACCCGCUACGCCGCUCGCACAGCCAUGGAAGAAGCCGGCGUCCAACCCUCCGACGUAAAACAUGGAAAAGCCCACCUCAUGGUCCGAAACGGAGAUAUCACCUACGGAGGCAAAAUGGUCAUAAACCCUUCCGGAGGUCUCAUCUCAAAAGGCCAUCCGCUCGGCGCCACGGGCAUUGCGCAAUGUGCGGAACUCGUGUGGCAUUUGAGGGGUUGGGCGAAUAAUCGUCUUGUUCCGGAUACGACGGUGGCGCUGCAGCAUAAUUUGGGGUUGGGGGGUGCGGUGGUUUGUACUGUGUAUAAGAGGGCGGAUGGUCAGGCCCCGAAGAAGGUUGGGGAUGAGGAGGUUGCGAGGAAGACGAGGUUUGGAUAUAAUCCUGCGACUCAGGCGAAGGGGUUUACGAAGAAGCAGGCGGAUGAGGUUAGGUCGAAGAAGGCGAGGAGUGAGUGGGCUUUGCAGGAUGUUGAGAAGAAGGUUGAGAGUAGGUUUUAG